AUUCUGACUCCACAGCAUACUUGAUUCACCCCACCUAAAUCUCAAAUGAUUCUAGCCAUCAGUGUGUAGAACAUUUCAGCCAAAUUAACCAAUCAAUUCCCUUCAAAACCACCUUCCAAAUAUUGACAAUGAUCAAGAAAGUAGCAGUUCUAUUAGUUCUUUUGCUUUUCGUCACUGCUGCUAUGGCUUCUGACCCUGAUCCAGUCAUGGACUUUUGCAUAGCCAAAUCAGCUGAUAGCAGCUUCACUUGUAAGAACUCAUCCACAGCAACAGUAGAAGAUUUCACCUUCUCUGGUAUAAAGUCACCUGGUAACUUCAAGCAAACUGGCUUUUCUUCAAUGGCAGUGAAUUCUAAUAACUUUCCGGGAUUGAACACUCUUGGGAUGUCAUUUGUAAGAGCCGAUUUUGAUGUUGGUGGUGUCAAUGUGCCCCACUUCCAUCCAAGAGCAACAGAGGUUGCUUUUGUGCUGGAAGGAAAAAUUUAUUCAGGAUUUGUUGACACCCAGAACAAGAUUUUUGCCAAAGUAUUAGAGAAAGGACAGGUGAUGGUGUUCCCAAGAGGCCUAGUGCACUUUCAGAUGAAUGUUGGAGAUGGGCCUGCUACUAUUUUGGGAAGUUUUGAUAGCCAAAAUCCUGGCUUGAUGAAAAUUCCAAAUGCAGUCUUUGCUUCUGACAUAAAGGAGGAGCUUUUGGAGAAGGCUUUUGGACUGACACCUAAGGAGCUUUCCAAGUUGAAGAAGAGGUUUUCACCUAGUUAAAAUGCAUUUUCUGUUUAUGGAGACAGUGGUUCAAAUAAAAACAUUGAAGCCUGUUGAAUCAGAACUUAAGAUCCACAUGAUGCACAGUGGAAAAUUUAGGAUGAUACUUGUUGCAGAACAUGGCUGAUGAUUAGUUGAAAAUACCCCACAGUGGAAAGUCAUUCAAUUGAUUUGUAGUUAGUUAUUUUAAUAAUUCAGUCCUUCUCACUUAAAGGAUUGAUUUUAGAGCUACCAUAAUUUAGUAUAGAAGUGCUUUCAUUUUAACUUUUCACUUCCCUUCAGUUAAGGAAGGAGCUGAAGAGUUUAUUUCCAACUUCUUGCCUUUGCCUUCUGUCUAUAUUUUGAAGUUUUAACACAAUCAUUGAUAUCUGGUUCAAUUAUACACGUUUGAGCUAAAUAUCAAAGGAGUGGUUGGGGGGCAUGUUUCGAAUGUGUUGCUUUACUCUUUACUUUCCCAUUCUGCUAAGCUUUGCUUCUGCCAAGGGGCUUUAAUCCAGCAGCAUCAUUUGAAAGAAGCUGUAACUGCUCCAGAAGCUAAUUUGUUAAUGAUUCCCCUGCCCUUUUGGUUGUUGCAUUUUUUUACAAGCACUUUGCUUUUCCAUGUGCGUUUAGGUGUCAUACUUUUUAUUGGGG